AUGACAAAAAGUUCAACACGAUGGACAAAACAAGUUAUGGAGAGUCAAAUACCAUUUCGUGAUGAUUAUCCACGUCCACAUUUAAGAAGAAAAUUAUGGUUAAAUUUAAAUGGAUAUUGGUCAUUUACAAUAACAUCAAUCAAAGAAACAUAUCCGAAGAAGUUUGAUCAAAUUAUUCGUGUACCAUUUCCUGUUGAAUCUUAUUUAUCUGGUAUUCAAAAACGUGUUGAUUCAGGAAUGUAUCUAUGGUAUAAAAGAAAUUUUCAAAUAAAAUCUUCAUCAUGGUAUGAUGGUAAUCAUCAACAAUAUCGUAUAAUAUUACAUUUUGAUAAAGUUGAUUAUGCAACUGUUGUUUAUUUAAAUCGUCAUAUUGUUGGUAUUAAACAUUUAGGUGGUUAUGAACCAUUUUCAUAUGAUAUAUCACCAUAUUUUAUUAAUUAUGAAGAUAAUGAAUUAAUUGUACGUGUUUGGGAUCCAUCACAUUAUUGGUAUCAACCACGUGGAAAACAAGUAUUAGAUGUUAAAGAAUCAAAUUCAAUAUUUUAUACACCAUGUUCUGGUAUAUGGGGAACAGUUUGGUUAGAACGAGUACCUUAUAUUUAUAUUGAUCGUUUACAAUUUCAAACAAAACUUUCAUUUACAAAUGUUUUUUUAAAAUAUCGUAUUGAUUUAAAAACAGCAAGAACAACUUCAUUUAAUUAUCAUUUACCAAAUAAACAUAUACCAAUUUAUUCUUCAAAAAAUUUUAUUGAAGAAAAUAAAUUUUUAUUAAAUGUAAAACAAAAUAAAAAUAUAACUAAUUAUGAAGAACUUGGUUUUAUAUUAAAUAUAAGUAUUAUAGAAAAAAAUAAUAAAAAUUUAAUUAAUUUUAUAUCUUAUAAACCAAAUAUUGAACAAGAAAUUUCAUUUCCAUUAAAUCAAAUUAAUCUUUGGUCACCUGAUAAUCCAUAUUUAUAUCAUAUUCAUAUUGAUUUAUAUCAAAUGGAUAUAUUCAUUGAACAUAUUGAUAGUUAUAUUGGUUUUAGAGAAAUUUCACUUUGUUCUAAACCAAAAAAAAUUUGUCUUAAUAAUAAACCUUAUUUUAUGUUCGGAGUACUUGAUCAAGGUUAUUGGCCUGAUGGUCUUUAUCGUGCACCAACUGAUGAAGCAUAUCGAUAUGAUAUAGAACAAAUAAAAAAUUUAGGUUUUAAUACAAUACGAAAACAUAUGAAAAGUGAAACAUCACGAUUUUAUUAUUGGUGUGAUGUAUUAGGUAUGCUUGUUUGGCAAGAUAUGCCUGCAGGAGAUUCUUAUGAUGGUUAUGAAAUUGAAUUAGAGGAUGAUAAAAAUUUACGAUUACAUCGUGAUAAUAGAACGAUUAAUUUACCACUAGCUAUAAGAAUAAAAGAAGAUAUACCUAAAGCUCCAUCACCAUUACCUACAAAACCAUUUGAACAUAAAAUUCAAUUUGAAUAUGAAUUAAAAGGCAUGAUUGAUUUUCUUUCAUUUCAUCCAUCAAUUAUUAUUUGGGUAUUAUUUAAUGAAGGAUGGGGACAAUAUGAUACAAUACGUUUAACAAAAUGGUUACAAACAUAUGAUAAAGAUCGUUUAGUAAAUAGUGCUAGUGGAUGGCAAGAUCGAAUAAAUAUUGGACAUAUAAGAGAUAUACAUGAUUAUACAAAAGAAAUUUUAUUACCAUCAUCAUAUGAUGAUGAAAUUCGAGCAUUAGUAUUAGGUGAAUGUGGUGGAUUUGGUUUAAUGAAAUCUGGUUGGAGUUAUAAUACUUAUAGUGAUAAUUAUCUAUUAACAUAUAUAUUUGAACAAUUGAUUGUUAAUCUUUCAUCACGUUUAUCAGCUAUGAUUUAUACACAAUUAUCUGAUGUUGAAAAUGAACACAAUGGUAUAAUAACAUAUAAUCGAGAAGAAAUUAAAUUUAUAACAUCACAUAUUAAACGUGUACUUAAUCAUGAUUAUUCACAUUUAUAUAAAUUAGAAUAUAUAUGGAAUCUUACAUCAAUACCAUAUAUGAAUUAUACAAGUUUAUCUUUAUCAAAAACAUUUAAUCUUAUGAUUGAUAUUAAUUCAAUAUAUAAUCAUCAUUUUUAUUUUUAUAUAUGUUAUUUAUAUUCAUUAGUUAAAAUAACAAUUGAUCAUCAUUAUACAAUCAUACUUAAACAAACACAUGAAAUACGAGAUUAUCAUUAUAUAUCAUUACCAUCGAAUAUUUUUCGUGGUUAUCGGGAAGCAGACGGUCUAACAGCAUUGAGUAUAGCAGCUGGUAAAAAACAUAAAUCUAUUACUGAAACAUUAGCCACAUGUCCCGAAGUUCAAGUGAACAAAGCAUCAUUAUCCGGCAUUACACCAUUAUUAAUGGUUGCCGAAGUUGGUUGGCGAGAUAUAGUUGAUAUUCUAUUACAACGUGGUGCUCUUGUUGAUGCAGCACCAUCUGGUAAACGAGCUGAAGAUAAUAAAAUAGCUGGUUCAACACCAUUAAUUGGUGCAACUAAAUAUAAUCAUCCUGAAUGUGUUAAACGUUUAUUAGCACAUCAAGCUAAUCCAAAUCAUCAAAAUCAAUCAGGUAUAUCAGCAUUAAUGCUUGCAGCUGAACAAGGUUAUUUUGAAUGUGUUAAAUUACUUGUACAAGCUGGAGCUGAUCUAGAAUUAGCACCAAGUGGUCCAUUAGCAUUAACAAUGAAUUUAUGUGGUCAAACACCAUUAUUUUGUGCAGCUAAAGAAGGUCGAACAGAAAUAGUUAAAUAUUUAUUAGAUCGUGGAGCUAAUCCACGUGUUCAAAAUCAUUAUGGUGUAAGUGCUUUAUGGAUUCCAUCACAAAAAGGCAUGUUACAAGUUGUUGAAUUAUUAUUAAAUGCCGGUGCUGAAACACAUAUUGCUCCAUUUGGUAAUCUAGCUGAUGAAUUAAAUAUAACUGGUUGGACACCACUUUAUGCAGCAAUGAAAUCACGAAAAUUUGAUGUUGUUAAAUUACUUCUUAAACGUGGUGCUGAUUCAAAUGCAGUAACAAAAUUAGGUUCAACACCAUUUUUACUUGCAUCUGAAAUAUGUGAUUUAGAUAUAAUUGAAGCAUGUAUUGAAGCUGGUGCUGAUCUUGAUUUUGCACCAAGUGGUUCUGAUGCUGAUAAUUUAAAUAUAACUGGUCAAACAGCAUUAUUUAUGGCAACAUUAAAAGAUCGUGUUGAUGUUGUUAAAGUUUUAAUUGAAAAAGGAGCACAAGUUAAUGUAAAAAAUCGUUAUGGUGUAUCACCAUUACUUCUUUGUGCUGAAUCAGGUAAUCGAGAACUUGUUCAAGCACUUGUUAAAGCUGGUGCUGAUGUUAAUAUUACACCACAAGGAGAAUUAGCUGAAGAAAAUUUCCUUGCUGGACAGACGCCUCUUUUUGGUGCAGCUAAAAAGGGUCAUGUAGAAAUAUGUGAAUAUCUUAUUGAAAAUGGUGCCAAUGUUAAUGCUAUAACAAUGACUGGUGCCACACCAUUAUAUACAGCAACUGAAGAAGGUCAUUUAGAUGUUGUUAUUCUAUUGAUACGUUAUGGUGCUGAUGUAAAUCAAUCACCAAAAGGACAAGUUGCACGUGAUCUUCAUAUUGAAAAUCAAACACCAUUAUUAAUAGCAUGUAUGAGAAAUCAUGAAUCAAUUAUUCGAUAUUUAAUUGAAUCUGGUGGUGCAAAUGUUAAUGUUACAUCUGAACGUGGUUCAUCACCAUUCCUUGCUAUAUGUCAACAUAAUAAUGUUGAAUUAGCACGUUUACUUAUACGACAUGGUGCAAAACAUGAUGUUGAAGCAAAAAAUUUAUAUGAUGGAAAAAUUAAUGGUUUAAUUGUUGCUGCUGAAUCAGGUUCAUUUGAUAUUUUACGUUUAUUAGUUGAUGCUGGUUUAGAUGUUAAUUAUAAGAUAGCAGGAAAAGGUGAAACAGCUGGUCGUACACCUUUAUUUUGUGCAUGUGCAAAAGGCUUUCAAGAUAUUGUAGAAUAUUUAAUUGAUCAUGGAGCUGAUGUUAAUGGAACAGAAAGUAGUGGUCUUUCAUGUUUACACAUAGCAGCAGCUAUGGGUCAUGCUGAUACAGUUCGAAUCUUAUGUGAACAUGGUGCAAAUGUUGAUCAACAAUUUCGUUUUGAAGAACAAGAUGUAACUGCAUAUGAUUUAGCUGAAUCUCAACAACAUGAUCAUGUAUGUCAAGUAUUGAAAAGUUUUGGUGCACGACAAUUACCUCAUAGUACAUUAUCAACUCAUCUAGAAUCUAAUAAAUAA